AUGGCAAGGUGCGCCGGGACGGUGCUGGGGCUCCUCUCUGUCCUUCCUUUGCUACAGGCAGAGCAGACAGUGUUUAUGUCUGCUAAUGAUGCACACAAAGUUAUCAAGAGACAGAGGCGGGCCAGUUUCCACCUUUUGGAGGAGGUCCUUCAGGGCAGCUUGGAAAGAGAGUGCCUUGAGGAAAGAUGCACGCAUGAAGAAGCAAGAGAAGUAUUUGAAAAUGAUGAAAUGCUUAAAAUGUUUUGGGAUGCCUAUUAUGAUGGCAAGAGGUGCUCCUCAAACCCAUGCCAGCACAACGGCGUAUGUGAAGACAACAUUCGCAGUUACACGUGUACCUGUGCAGACGGUUACGAGGGAGAGAACUGUGCUUUUGCUAAAAAUGAAUGUCGACACCAAGCAAAAGAAGGAUGUCAGCAUUUCUGCUACCCAGGAACUACAUCAUACCAUUGCUCCUGUGCUGAUGGCUAUAAGCUCGGGGAGGAUAAAAAACAAUGCAUUGCAUUAGAUCAGUGUGCAUGUGGCACAAUUCAAGACACUAAUAAUCUGAUGAAGAUAAGUGAAACCAGGAAGAAACAUGACAAAGGAUUUCCUUGGCAGGUCCUGUUGCUAAAUUCAGAUGGGAAGGGCUUCUGUGGAGGAGUGCUACUGAAAAGUAACUUUGUACUGACAACAGCAGAGUGUGCCCUUCUGCACAGCAAUUUUAAAAUCAGGAUUGGUGCUGGGCAUAAUGGAACAAACGGAACAGAGAAAAUAAUGCAAGUUAAUAAGAAAUACAUACACAUCCGGUAUGAUGAAGACACUGGCGAGAAUAAUGUUGCACUACUACAACUCCAAGAACACAUUGAGUGCAACAGACACCAACGUCCUGUAUGCCUGCCUGAAAGAGACUUUGCAGAACACAUUUUGAUUCCAAAACUGGUCGGUACAGUCAGUGGAUGGAAAAUGGACAGUGACGAACACAGAGCUGAAGAGUUGCAGGUUUCAUACCUUCCUGCUGAAGACUGCAAACAAAUACUCAACACAAGCCUCACAAACAGACAAUUUUGUGGGCACCACCAGGAGCCCUUAGACAAGCGACUGGCUGGAGGAGGCUUCAUUGCCACUGAGUACAAGGGCACUUGGUUUUUGACAGGUAUUCUGGGAUCUUGGCCGCUAGAAAGCAGUAACUGGGAGACAUUUCUAUUCACCAAUACUGCAAGGUAUAUAAUAUGGUUUAAACAAAAAAUGAAAUAA